AUGGAGCAUCGUACACCUCGCUCUGGUCAACUGCACCACUAUCUACCGCGCUUUGUUGCACGUGGAUGGCUACAGGAGGUCAAGAAAGUGACCAGUGUGGGCAAAAAGUCCAACGGUGGGCGUAACAAAGGCCGUCAACGGCCUCAAGAGUACAAACAGGAACUCAUCAACUCCUACGACAUACAGUCUGAUGAACUGCACUUGGGCACGACCGAUCUUGGCAAGACCUUCGGUAUCGUUGACAUGUACAAGGAUCAUGACGCGGAUCUGACCGAUGCGUAUCGCGUCGAGAAAGCCUUCGCCAAACUCGAGGGCGACGUUGCGCGUAUCUUCCGUGUCUUGGAGGCUGCGGAGCAUCGGGGACGUUCUUCUGUGGAGCUGGUCCGCUCUGACCUCAAUAUACUCCGGAAGUUCCUCUUCCUCACAUUCUAUCGCAACGGGAAUCAUUCGCGUCAAUUCAUCGAAAAUCACUUCGACCCGAACACGGCGAAAAUGGUAGAGGAGUACAGGGUCCAAAACGGACUGGCCGACUCUCGUGCAGUAUGGCUCCGCCAACUCUCCCUACUCCUCGAGGAUGAACAUUGGGAGGUGGCGCAUGAUGAACGUCUAUUGUGGACAGCCCGUGUGGAUUACAAAUACGACGCUUGGGACAUGAAAACCGGGUUCUAUCGCGCACCUCCUGACACCGAGUUCAUCCUCACUGAGGACGGACUCGGCCUCGGAGAGGGUAGGGCAACACCGAUGCAUGCUAUGCAUGACAUGCUGUCCCCUGGUGCUCCAAGCCCUUCUUAUGUCGUCCUGACCCAGACAUUUCCCAUUACCCCGAAGCUCGUAAUCAUCUUGCGUUCGAAGUUGAUGGGGUUUUACACUUCGUUCUUCCAUGAUAUAGCCCAAACGCCCUCGAAGACGACUUACAUCCCUCCGCUCCCGCGCAACUCGUAUGAUUGGGUGAAAUCUCGUGACGAGAUGACUGCCGAGGACCUAAAGGAGGAGGAGGACUUCUCCGAGCGCGGCUUGCUGAACGGACAAUUCCUCCACAGCCGUUUGAAGGACAGGUUCGAUUUUGCUAUCGACACCCUAACUGUCGACCAAGCGCAACGAGUCAACACUCUACUGCUCACACAUUGUAGAGAGACUAUCUCCUUCCGCACCCCGGCAUGCCUCCUGCGGUCCAUUGCUGCAUUUGAGAAGGACAGGCAGUUGACGACCGAGAGGAAGGACCGAUACGCAUCGCUCAAGGCGAAGCUGGCGGCAAUACAAGUGCCGUCGCCAUCUACCCCCGUGCCCACGUCAGCCCCGCCUGGCUCGCCGGGGAUGUCGAUGAGCCCUUCACCUCCCCCUCCCCAGCCAGUGUCGACUUCUCCUGACCAUCCUUCCGCAUCGCGGCAUCAGGACCCGGAGACAUUGCCGUUGGAAAUGAGCAUGCCUGGCCUCAGAGGUGCAUUCAAGAAACAGAAGGCACGCGCUGUCCCCACUCCCGAUAGUCCAAACACUUCAGUCAGUGAACCUCUUUCCCUCCCAGUCGUCGUCCCCUCGGAGCAGGGUCAUUCCGGCGAGACGACGACGGGACCGCCGCUCUCCGGAGUCUCUUCUCCCCCUGUCCCCAUUCCGGACAGUCCAGACACUUCAGUCAGUGAACACCUUUUCCUCCCAGUCCCCUCGGAACAGGAUCAUUACACUACGGAACCGCCGCACUCCGAAGUCUCUUCUUCCCUUUCCGCUGCUGGUGCACAGACCAUGCUCACAAACGUCGUUGAACCGCUGAUUGUUUGUUUGAUUGCUUGUUUGAUCCUUUAUUUCUUCCCUUUGUCGUCACUGAGGGCAUACUUCUCAGGCUACUAA